AUGCUUGCAGAGCAGGAGAAUCAGGAGAACAUUCCCCCGGGCGGCAAAGGGCUAUCGGCCGCCGUCGCGGGCACCCGCGUGGCGCUGGGACUGCUGCGGGGCGCCCAUCAGCGGCCUGGGAUCCCGCAGCAGCUGUCAGCAAUAGUUGUCAGUGGCGGAGCCGGGCCAGGGUCCUUCGGAGGCGCUGACGAGCUACUCUCCUUACAGGCGACGCGGAGCGGCGUUGAGGGCCAUGGCGCGACGGCAGGACGGCUGGGCGGUGGGCCGCAGGCCUUCACCAUCCAUGUGGACGAGCCGGACGGGGAAUCGCGGCGGCGGGACGGUCUGGCGACCCAGAAGGAGGAUGCGGCCCUGGGGCUGCGUACGGCCGUCUGUGCCCUUGGGGAGCGGCGGCCCUUGGCGCCUUUGGGCAACGCCAUGGACAUGAGCUUCGAUUCUCCAAGUAUUAUGGACAUUUCAAUAACCUCAGAAGCAGAAGAGAGAAAACCAAAUGUUAAUAAUGUGCCAGACUAUAUCAGCGAUAUCCAUACGUACCUUAGGGAAAUGGAGGUGAAAUGCAAGCCUAAAAUGGGUUACAUGAAGAAGCAGCCUGAUAUCACAAACAACAUGCGUGCUAUUCUCGUGGAUUGGCUGGUGGAAGUUGGAGAAGAAUACAAAUUACAGAAUGAAACCCUGCACUUAGCUGUAAAUUACAUUGAUAGGUUUCUUUCUUCAAUGUCUGUUUUGAGAGGAAAACUUCAGCUCGUGGGUACUGCAGCUAUGCUGCUUGCAUCAAAGUUUGAAGAAAUCUAUCCUCCUGAAGUAGCAGAGUUUGUCUACAUCACAGAUGACACCUAUACAAAGAAGCAGGUUCUAAGGAUGGAGCACUUAAUCUUGAAGGUUUUGUCAUUUGACUUGGCAGCUCCAACAAUCAACCAGUUCCUCACUCAGUAUUUUCUCCAUGAGCAGACAAAUGCCAAAGUGGAGAGCUUAUCCAUGUACCUGGGGGAGCUGAGUCUAAUUGAUGCUGAUCCUUACCUGAAAUACUUGCCAUCAGUUAUUGCUGCUGCAGCAUUUCACCUAGCAGACUACACCAUCACUGGACAAACCUGGCCUGAAUCUCUAUGCAAAGUAACAGGCUACACCCUUGAUGACAUCAAGCCUUGCCUCAUGGACCUACACAAGACCUACCUCAAAGCCGCACAGCAUGCACAACAGUCCAUAAGGGAAAAGUACAAGAGUACGAAGUACCAUGGAGUAUCGCUUAUUGACCCACCAGAGACACUAAACGUAUUGUCAUAAUCAAGAGACUGCUCUUUUAAUAAGAUGUAUAUUGAAAGAAAAUGAUGUACAGUUUUAAACAUGGUUCAGAAUUCUAGAUGUGAUCAUUCUGAAUAGUAAUACAGGUUUUGAUGGGCUUAAUUAUGAGGCUAGUUUUGUGGUUUUAAUGUAAAUCUUUUGUACAUGCAAUCUUGUGAAGAUAUUUAGCUGGAGCUUUAGGAAAAGGUUCUUUUCAAGCACAGAAUUAACCAUGCAGAGGAAGUAAAGUCUGAGACUGCUUACCUAAUUCUAGACUUAAACAUUAACAUUAGCAGUGUAUUUACAGUAGGGCUUUCUCUCCUUCUGAGAGUGACUUGGACUCCACAGCAGUAUUUGUAGCAUUUUUAUACUGACUAGUUUGAACUGAGGUGUAGUAUAGAUCCAGAAUGUGGCUCAAGGGCUCUAAUACUGGAAUAAACUACAUAGGUCUGAGGAGAACACCUUGGUGGAAUUGAUUCUUCUGCAGGUCUUUAGGAUGUGCCAGUUGCUGUUUAGCCUUGUUUGCUAUGUAAUGUAUUGCCAGGUCUUCGUAAGAUUAAAGGCUGAAUGCUCUGCUGCAGGCAGAGUAUGGUUAAAACUAGUGUUACCAAUCCAUACUUCUCUCUUCCAGAACAAAGAAAAUGAUCUUGCUACAAGUUUCUUCUAGUCAAAGUGUAAAACUGAUGUUCAACCCCAUUGAGUUCCCACUGAUGUUAGCUGUCCUGAAAGCCCAUCAAUAUCUACUAAAAAAAAUUCUAGUCCUCAGUCUCUACUUACUUAGUACCUCUCUAGAGGGGAUUGAACUACUGCUGUGUCCUCAAGAGAAGGGAAUGUCUUCUGGUGUGCAUUGGCCAUGUGCAGGAUUGUAUGAAUUCUGUACAUGCCCUUCACUUGGAACAAGUUCCUCUGAUGUGCAGCAAAAAUGUAGGCCAACUGGUUUUAUGUUCCCUUAGUUCUAGAACCGUUAUUCAGCAAACUAGCACAAAAUUGGCAUUAGAUCAAGUGGACAUUUACCAUCAACCUGUGUAAAUGGAGUGACACUGCCUGUACCUGCUGUUCUUUGCAUGUAAAGCAAUGUGUGCAUGGGAGUGGGUUUAAGCCAUUUCCAGGUUGGUUAAUAAACAAUUUUUACAUCUGAUGUUGGUGGUCUUGCCAAUACCUUAACAGCACUGUGGGGCAGGUAACUGCAAUCUUAAUCUGGCAUAUUGGCAGGGGCUACCCUGUGAAACCUGUGUCACUUCAAGUCCAAGCUCAUUUCAACACUGUGGUUCUCUGGACACGCAGCAGGUCACAGUAUAAAUUCCUAAAAGAUGUUAAACA